GGUUUUAAACAGGGCUCAGGAACUGGGAACUACCUAUCAAGGAUCUUGAUCCGUUUACUUCGUAAACGCCUUCUAUUCCUAUCAAUAGCAACAGCGCAUCCUAGCAGUUGUAUCCAAUAUCCCGCUAAGGAGGCGCAGCAUCCAAUUGCGAUUAGCGAUCGUCAAACUCCACAACUAAGUUCAUAAUAGUUCAUAACAAGGCAGCAAGGGUAUGAAAUCAUUAAGAGUUAUUCUAUCUGCCUUUUUCUUACUUGAUUUUGAUUUUACGUUCCUUCUACUCGAAGUCGUGUCCAUAUUCAAGAAAUCAGAAAAUCGUCGCCAAAUCUCGACUUAUACAUAUACAUCAUGUCGCCAAGCACUCCUUCAGUAGACUCAAGUUCAUUCCAAAGCCCCUCAGAUGUUGAAAGCGACUUUCAAAGUAAUCCGGACAGCUUUCACGGAACAGCUACAGCAAUCAGCACCGGAUGGAUAGUCGGCGUCGUUUUCAUAGCUUUGGCUUUUAUAGUUGGCCUAACCCUGUUCCUUUGGAUGUACAAUCGAAAUAGCAGGAGACGGCAAGAGAGGAUGGCACAGCUCAACGCAGAGCCGAAAUAUCAUGUAAACCCGAUACCUGGGAUACCUCCACACGCCAUAUCAAGCCCUUCAACCUACGGGCAACCUAGCGCACUUGCCGGCCCAUACGCGCCGCCGAGAUACGAAGCUCCAGACACGCCAAUGCCACCUCGCGAGGUUCCAAACAACGAAGUUCCGCGCAAACCGUAUGAAGCUGAUUCAAUUCCACGAAGCGAGCUCCCCGUUUGAGAUCAAUGAUGGUUUAAAAUCGAUAAGGAGGGCUAAAUAAAAGGGAAACUCAAUUUUUUAUAUUGGCCUCUAGUCAAAGGCCUAAAGAUGUGGCUUCAUUAUGCCUAUGAACUUAUGUAACUGUAUGCUGCAGCGUUAUGCGGCUACAGUAUGAUUUAUAUAUGCUUAAAAGAUACCCGGUGCUGCUCCGCACCCCCAAUGUUACA